AUGGCCUGUUGUCAGGUUAACUGCAAGCUUAUAUUGCGCCCUGCUGUCCAAUGGUUCUUCACCAUCCUGGUGAUAACCAUAUGCUCCCAUGCCAAACCAUGCACAUGUUCCAGCAGCUCCAACCAUGUCCGGAACACUAGCUACACCUGGAACACUAGUUUCCAGCAAAUGAAUCAGGGCCUCUUAUUCCUCCUCGACAACGAGUCGGUCAUCUUGCAGCAAGGCAGCCUCGGCUACUACAUGCAGGAGAACACUCAUCCUGGGUUCAGCUUGACCGACUCCGGCUGGUUCCUCAUCCCUAAAUGGUUUGAUCCAUGGAAGAUGAGCCAUGGUGAUGAUCAUAGGGUCGACUUGAAUGAGACCAUAUCCUUCAGCAUCGUCUUCACCCUGAGCGCAGUAAGCACCAUCGACCCGUUUUUGUUUGACAUCCUUCCCACACUUGAACCACCUGAUGACAGAGGACUGCUCAUCCACCCCUACCAGGAGGAAUUUUUUCCAGAAUUUCACCGAUACAUUGAACAUCACAUCUCAAUCUGGAAAAGUGCGCGCAACCUCUCUGUCUACCUAGUGCGUGAUGCAGAUGUAGGGACAACAGCCGCCACCACACAGCUCAAUGCCACAGACACCCUGACUCCAGAUGCCUUACUCUUCGCCAUUACAUCCUCGAUGGGGCAGCUCUUGGAACUCCACAACUGGAACUUCACCAUCAAGGUCCAGGUGACUGAACAGUCAAGAGGGCCAAAUAUUGCCACCAUAGUGUCUUCGGUCUUCGGAUCAGCAGCUGCCACGGCCACCAUUGCUGCUGCUGUCUACUUCUACUUGAACUCAAAGUACAGGAGGUGGAAGAAAGACCUUGACAAGCUCACCAAGACCAUGCAGAGCCUCCCCGGUGUGCCUAUGCAGGUCGACUUCGCUGACAUCAAGAAGGCCACCAACAGCUUCCACGAGACCAUGAGGCUGGGGCAAGAGGGCAACCUACUUGCCGCUGUUGAUGGUGUGCUCACCACCUCCGCUGAAUUCGAUGCCGAUGAGGCCAUACGACUACUCCAGCUUGGCAUGGCGUGCAGCAGCUCAAACCCAUCCGACCGGCCAAGCAUGGUGGAUGCGGUGCAGAUCAUCAGCAAGUCAGUGCCGCCACCGGACAUCCCUCUUUUGAAGCCACCGCUCGUGUGGCCACCAGGAGGGUGGGAGUCAUCGUCAUCGACCUCUGAUUCUAGCAUGUCGACUAGUAACUUCAACACAACCUCGACAUUCAUGGUUGAGAUGACGGCGAGCAGCAGGGAACACAUCUCUUCCGAACAAGAACGCGGCAGAUUCACCAGUUAUCCCAGAAGGAAGAAGAUCUUCGCCGGUGGCCGUCUCCGUUUAUCACUCUGA